AUGACUCUUGACCUCCAGGCGUCACUCGUCUCUGAGAAAGUCUCACUAGAGGGAGGAGGGGCCAGCUUCCCGAGCUUUGCUGCCGCUGCCGGGCGCUCCCUCUAUGGUAGUGGCGGCCUGGAGCUGCUCUUCCCCGAGGCCGUGAGCCACCACCCACCGCUGGCCGCUGCCCAUCUCCCGCACUCGCCGUGCCCCUUCUUCGGCCCGCAGCCCCGCGACACGCUCAACUUCUACCCCUGGGUCCUCCGCAACCGCUUCUUCGGCCACCGCUUCCAAGCCCACCGGGAUGCGGAGGAGGGGGAGAGGGGAGGCGCGGCUCCCCAGGAGGGACUGGGCCGACGGAAGGGAGGCCAGGCAGCCCGGAGAGUUCGGCCGUUGGGCCUCUCUCGCUCAGCCCCGGGCCGGCUGUGCGGCGGCGGCGGCUAG